UUAGUUCUUGUGUUUGGUUUGAUUAUUUGGAUUUUGACCCCUGCCUGGAAGACUACGAUUUUGGAUUACCCCAUUAAAAACUACUGCUAUUGGAUUACUGUUUCCUGUGUGUGUUAUGUGACAAAAACAGAUAAUUUUCUAAUUCUGCGUUUCUGAAUUUCUGUGUAGGCUAGUCCAUUGCUAGUGUACAUAGGAAUUUACUUUAAUUCUACUUUAAUCUUUCCUGCCAUUGACUAAAUUUUCCAGACGUUUAUCCACACGUACGUUAUCCAGACGUUUAUCCACACGUACGUUAUCCAGAUGUUGAUCCACACGUACGUUAUCCAGACGUUUAUCCACACGUUUACCCACGCGUACGUUAUUCAGACGCAAAGUAAAUACAAUCCUUUUUCAGCUACGUCGCCGCCACGCCGCCGCGGACUUUGAGCGCAGCUCCAACACGUGACCGUGACGUGUGACGUCUCAAAUCUUACAUCUGACGCCUGAAUACUAUGGGAUUUUGGCCAGACGGCUCGCGAGCGUAUACACGUUAGUUCACCUCUCAGUUUGCUUAGCGAUCGCCAAAAAGUGCAUAAAUCACACCUCAUAUGCGCGCGUCAGCAGAGACGCUCUGCGCGCCCUCGUGAGUACGCGCUGCGCGCCCUCGUGAGUACGCGCGAUGGAUGAGAUGAGCGCUGCGGGCGUCGCUUAUAAUCAGGAUCUAACGCACAAGACUAUCCUGGUCGGAGACAGCGGUGUGGGUAAAACAUCUCUGCUGGUUCAGUUUGAUCAGGGCAAAUUCAUCCCGGGAUCUUUUUCUGCGACCGUGGGAAUCGGAUUUACGAAUAAAGUGCUCACAGUGGACGAGCUGAAGGUGAAGUUACAGAUCUGGGACACAGCAGGACAGGAGCGAUUCCGCAGCGUCACACAUGCGUAUUACAGAGACGCUCAGGCUCUUCUCUUGCUUUAUGACAUCACCAGCCGAUCAUCGUUUGAUAACACACGGGCAUGGCUAACUGAGAUCCAUGAGUAUGCUCAGGACGAUGUCGUCAUCAUGUUGCUUGGCAACAAGUCAGACAUGUCCAGUUCCAGGGUGAUCAGACGUGAGGACGGAGAGAAGCUCGCCAGAGAGUACGGGGUCAUUUUCCUGGAGACCAGUGCCAAGACCGGACUGAACGUGGAUCAUGCCUUUAUAACUGUGGGAAAGGAGCUGGUGAGGCGUUCAGUGCACCUGCCUGUUGAGCCCAGAUUUCACCUGCAUGACCUGAUGGAGCAGGAGAAAGAGGCGUCAGGCUGCUGCGGCUUCAACUAGAACAGACAUGAGAAACAAAAGAGACACAUUGAAGGAGAGGAGGUCAGAGGAGUGUGUAGUUAAAGGUUUACACAGAUCUUACCCUUACAGUAUAUGUUUAAAACAAAGCCACAUACACCCGCCAUGAAGAGGUGCAGCAAUUCUUAUCCCAACCACCAGAUGGCGCUGUAGUGCAGAUAUUGUUUCCCACUGCAGCAGAUCUGAAGUAGGCCUCAGAGCCUUGCACAUGUUAUACUGGUCAACUAGUCAGUGUAAACCACAUGCCAACUACUGUCUCAGCUAGUGUUAAGAUAAUGUAAAGAUGCAUUAAAUGGAUGUUUCUACAGACACUUUUGAACAUGGCGCUGCAGGUGUGUGUCUGUUCCUGAAGUGUGUUAUGCUGCAUUUGAAUCUCAGGAUUGGCCUUGGGGAUAUUUAUGCACUAAUAGAAGCUCUACGCUAUUGGAAAUAUAUAUAAAGAGAUAUGCAUUUUUCUGUUUAGCCGUAGGAAGAUCAAAUUAUUCAGAAUAUUUACUUUUCAAAUUUAGUACUAGAAAUAUUCCAAUCCUAUUUAAAGAAAUGAAUAUUUAGAAAGUUUGUAUUUAUGCCUGUUUGUGAAGUGUCCGGCCUGAUCGUUCAUAUCAAACAGUAUUUUGUAUUGCAGCUGUUUUCCUGAAGUCGAAACACAAAUGUCCUCAGGUCUUUCCCGUGUUCUGACUGUACUGACGCUUUAUAUAACUGAUCAGCUGUCUUAAAGUGAUGAGAUGAUUUUAUAAAGAUCUAGUGAAUAAAAGCUCUUUGUGUAAGUUGAAAUGGUGUUACGUGUUCUGAUAUAAAGUCGUUUCCAC